AUGAAGUUCCUACCUCUUCCCGAUUUUGAAGAUGUCACGAGCUCUUUGAAUUUCGAUACGGCGGAUUGUCACAUCGUGGGUGGAUGCGACCUCUACACAACCAAGGCUGCCCGAUCCGAUCGGAAACUCUACAAUCACAUCGAGCAAUCCCUUGAAGCCCAAUACGAAUCAAUUCUUCGUCUAUCAGCGUCACUUUCCCCGCCGAAUGCUCACGAUGCGGCCGAGACCUUGAACCUAUCCCGAUCGAGUCCAUUCGGCCCCCUGAGCGAGCAUUCCAGUCGACGUACCUUUGCCUAUCUCAUCGCGACGCUCAACGCCAGCCAUCCUGAUUACGACUUCUCGCAUGUGCUGAGACCCACUGAUUUCCGGCGCGAGCGACACAUCAAGCGCGUGAUGAAUACGGUCAACUCCACACUAUUCAACCUCCGCCCCCGCGAAUCACUCGAUCUCUCUCCAUCGUCACCAGCCACCCUUUCUGGAUCAUACAAUUCAUCAUCCCCUGCCUGGGGUCCUCGGAUGUGGCGGAUAGUGGAUGAGCACAUGUCGCUUAAGGAAUGCGCGGUCUACUCGUACUCCCCCGAGGAGGACCCCUCCGACGCCGAUGACGGAGCGAUCUGGAGCUUGCACUACUUCUUCUUCAACCCACUACGGAAACGGGUUUGCUACCUCUAUCUCCGUGCAAUCCCGAUCCUUAGCCACACACCGCCCGAAGAUAGCGAGAUUGCUUCUACCCCUACCGGCAAGCGGACGUUCGACGACGGCUACCUGACGCCGGAUCUGAGCUCAAGCAAGCGAGCCCGGUACUGGUUCGGUACUCGUGCGGAGUCUUCGUUGCAUACCUCCGAGAACGCGGAUGACGAUGAUGAUCAUUACAUCCUCAGUGACGAGGAGACCCGUUCGCGUAGGGGCAGCAAGGGCAUGGUUCGGGCGAUGAGUGAGGAGCUCGUGGAUACCAUGGAGAUAUGA